GGGCGCAUUUUGGGUAUCCCUAUUACAGAUAGGGUUUUGGGGUCCCCCAUCGCCCCCUGUAGGGUUUUGGGGCGCACUUUGGGUAUCCCUAUUACAGAUGGGGUUUCGGGGUCCCCCAUCGCCCCCUGUAGGGUUUUGGGAUGCCCUUUUCGGUGCUCCUUGCCCCGUAUUGAUGCUGAGGUGUCUUUUGGGGUGCACCUUUAGGUGCCCCAUGAUGGUUUUGGGGCGCACCCCGGGUAUCCCCAAUACAGAUGGGGCCACUUUUAGGGUCCCCACAUCUCCGACAUAUGGGGGGUGCUGGCAUCGAUCCGAGGGGCUGUGAGCAAUGCAGCCCCUUUUGUGUCUCCCCCCACCCCAAACCCCCAGCCAAAGCUGCCGACCCCAAAAGAACGGAGGAGGAGGAGGAGCUGAUCGACAUCGAUCUGAACGCACCCGAAACGGAGCGGGCGGCUCUCGCCAUCCAGGGGAAAUUCCGCCGCUUCCAGAAACGCAAA